UAUUUAGCAACAGGAGCUGGGUAUGUCAGAGGCUGCAGCAUUGUGAGCAAUGAAAGGACAGAAGUAAAAGGGUAGGGGCGUGGUGCCGCUCUGUCCGUCGGAAUGACCAAUAUGCCCGUGCCUGGAAACCCGUCUCUCUGUGGAUGUCACUUUUAAUGGGAAUUUCCGCUUGAUUAAAUCCUGAUCGUGUCUGUGGGUUUAAAGAUGCUUCUAUUGACUCCCUUUGCACUGUGGACUUUUCUGCUUUCCCUGCUGAAGACGGUGUGCUCUAAUUACUCAGUAGACCUGUGCAGUUGGAAAGGAAGUGGUUUGUCCCAGGAGCCUGGUACUGUGGAGCAGAUCUUCUUGCACUGUGCUGAGGGGGACGUGGAGUGGCUGUAUCCGGUCGGAGCGCUGCACCUCAGCCUGUCUCCCCGGAUCCCAUCCCAGCUGACCGGCCCAGCCACCCCUGGAAGUUCCGGGGCCCACAUCACGGCCUGCAUCAAACCAGCAGAGAGCUUUCGGGGGGCUCAGAUCUACCUGGAGCGGGAUGGGGAGCUGCAGCUCCUAGUGUGGGAUCAACAGGAGGAGGAGGAAGAUGGGGCUAUCGAACCCAAAGUCCAUUGUUUCAGCCGCUCGGCUGGCGAGAAGGUGGCACUCUUCAUCCAGUCCACCCUGCACCGGGACAUCAGCCGCCGCAUUGCUGCCUUUAAGUAUGAGCUCCGGGGAGAUUGGAGCUCGGGAGUACUGCUCUCUCAGCAGAUUGAAAGAGCAUGUAGACCAUGCAAUGAUACAGAAGUCCUUAUGGCUGUGUGCACAAGUGAUUUUGUGGUGAGGGGUCACAUUCGUUCAGUGUUCCACGAUGCAGAGCGACAGGAGUCUAUCGUUAGCGUGAGCACCACCAAAAUUUAUAGACAGAAGUACACCCUCUUUCACCCAAUAGGAAAAUACGGAAAAUCCUUUGGGGAAGUCAGGACAUUUUUGAAGUGUGGCGUGAAGCAAGGAGUUGGGAGCUUCAUUUUCACAGGCCAUGUCCACUUUGGAGAGGCAUGGCUUGGAUGUGCACCUCGCUACAAAGACUUUAAGAGGAUCUCUGAAGUGGCCAAAGAAGCACACGAGAAUCAGUGCGAGAUUGAGUCAGACUGAUGCUGUUUAAAUAAUGAAGCCGAAUUUUAAAUCGGCAGGAAAGGACUGUGAGACAUAUGCCACGAUGGUCCAUUGAGAAUUACAUUGUGAAGGAAUCCCUGAAGAGAAGGCUUUGGAGUCAGUUGCUUCAUUGUUCAGAGAGAAUGACUGCGACUGUGCUGGUAACCUGUCAAUGUGCUGACGACACUGUGGGGUUGAUUUAUUGCCCAAUGGGAACAAUUGUUAUUGCUCAGACCACCCCCGUAUGUCCCUUGGAGAGGAUUGGAGGGGUGAUUCAUUGUCCAAGGCAAACAAUUGAGAACAUGCACUCAGCUACACUUUGCGAAGGAGUCAGCUCUGGUCGAAGAUUAAAUUCGUAAAAUCAUUUCAUAUCUGAACACUUGUGGAACACUCCACAGCUAAAAAACAAAUGUUUCUGCAUCCCGAUAGAACAUUCCAUGUAUAAAGAAUACACACUGCAAGACUCUGUAGUUGCAUACCAAGGAUCUUUUCACCCAAACAGCCAGUAAUACAGAAACUGUUGAUCUGUUAAUGACUGCAGUUUUAGCACCUGACCAGUGCAUCUCAGAUCGUCUGCCUGAGGCAAAGCCUGAUCAACCUUCCAUGAUUCGUAAUGAGAAUGUUUACUUUGUAUAUUUUUGUUAUAUUUAUAAUUUUAUUCGGUGCAGAGUUAGCAGGACAGAACUGCAGUCUAUAAAAUUGGAAUCUCUAAGUCAGAUAUAACAGUUCAAAUACUGAACACAUCAGUGCAGGUAGUUCUAUAACACAAUAGUUGCAUUCCUGCAUGAACUUGCCCUAUAGAAAAUCACACAACAGAAAAUCACCUAACAGGGAAAUCGCUGUAGAAAAUCGCUAAACCUUUACAGCAGAAAGUUUGCAUUCUUCUAACAGCAUCCACUAUUCAUCAAUCACAUUACAGCCAUUUCACAUUAACGAAACAUGUUAUAGCAGAACUAACUGUACUGGUAACCAGAAAUCCAGUUCUACAGCAUCAGUAGAUUUAUCGCUUCCAGUUAAUGUUCUUAUGGAUCGUCGACAUCUAUUCAGAAGUUCUCUUUGCACCACAUGACCUCGUCUCUCAAAGUGUAGGAUCCCCAUUCAAUGUCCUGGAGUUACUGUCUUUUUUUCAUGAUCCCUAACAGAAAGCUGAGCUCUUAUCCUCACAUUCUGUUUGUGAACUAAGUAGUAAUUGUUGCAUCAAUUACUUAGGAUAUGGACAAAAUGCGUGCUUAGUAAAUUUGAAGAACUAGGAGAGUUUGGGAUUUGGGAAUUUGGAAUGGUGGGUGCAUGUGUGGAGACAGGGAAAGGCUUAGGGGAGGACUUAUACAAUUAACGGUAGGGCCCUGGGUAAUAUUAUACAACAGAGACCUAGGAGUUCAAGUACACAGUUCUUUGAAGUGUGCAUCACAUAUGGUUCUGUUAUAAGAAGGCAUUUAGCCCACUUUCCUUCAUUGCUUAAACCUUUGAGUGUAGGAGUUGGGACAUUGGUGAGCCCUCUUCUGGAGCAUGUGUCCAGUUCUGGUCACACUGUUAUCAGAAGGCUGCUAUUAAAUUGGAGAGGGUUCAGAAGAGAUUUACCAGGAUUUUGCUGGGAAUUGAGUUAUAAGUAGAGGCUGGAAAGGCUGGGACUUUUUUCACUAGAAUGGAGGAGAUUGAAUGGUGACCUUGCAGACGGUUAUAAAAUCAUGAGAGGCAUGGAUAGGGUAAAUAGCAACAACCUUUUCCCUUGGGGGAGUGAGUGUGGAGUUCAAAACAAGGGGGCAUAUUUUUAAGGUCAGGAGAAAGUUUUAAAAAGUACAUGAGGGGCACGGUUUUUAGUGGUUUGUGUUUGGAGUGAACUACCACAGGACAUGGUGGAUGCAGGUACAGUUGCAACAUUUAAUAGACAUUUGCACAGUUACAUGAAUAGGAAAAGUUUGGAGUGAUAUGGGUCAAACGCAGGCAGAUUGGACUAGUUUAGUUUGGGAACAUGGUCAACAUGACUGGUUGGACAGAAAGGUCUAUCUCCAUGCUGUAUGACUGUAUGACUAGGACCUGUACUCAGAUUUGAGUGGAAAAUACGGCAUAGACUAGUGAAUUGAGUAAAUUUCUGGAGUUUACAAGAUGCCUACCACUGUACGGAAAACCAAUCUGCGAUAUUGGAAGACUUAAACUCUCAAAAUUGAACAGUUUAAUUUGAAAGGGAAUUCAAAUUGUAUGUUUGUCCAAUUAUGAAAUAAACCUGGAACAAGUGAUAAAAUUUGCCAAUAUCUUCACUGUGCUUUUGUUAAACGUUAGAAUUUUUUUAGCUUGCCGGACAUUGUACCCAAGGAACAUGGUGUUAACUGCGUAUUCAUGUAACGUAUUUACUAUAAUGUUAUUUUCUACGUCCUUAGUUAUGUUUGUGUGUCUGCAGCUAACUUGGGUGUACAUGGUGUAAAUAUUUAUGCUUUAAAAAAAAUCCUAAAUUCAGUGGAUGGAACAAUUGAGACCUUCUGAGUCUCCAUGUAUAAAUAUGGCUGUAGUUUUGUUCUUUAAGAAUAUACCUCUGUUUUAAAAAAAAUCUGUUUUUACAAUUGAAAAGUUUAUUA